CUUAACUGCUGGGCUUUGAUUCUAGAUCCCAACACUGCCGGUAGUACCGCCACUGCCCAAGGCGGCCAGGGUAGUUCUCCGAUCCAACAGGCUCCCGGCCUGCAGGACAUGGCGCCCAAGGACGCCGGUGCGCCCUUCAACGACGCCUUCCAUGACAGGCGUCAGAGCGAUGAAUGGGAUGCCUCCAAGGUACCCCCGAGCCGCUUCCAGAAGCGCAAGGGCUCCAUCUACUCGACGCCCGGCUCGCGCGAUGGUCAUGUAGACAGGAACACACAGCACAAGUUCCAUGAGACACAUGCCGAGAAGGGUUAUGGUGAGAAGAAGUAA